AUGGAGACGGAAUUGAGUGCUGUAUUGGACUGGAGCAAAUUGACGGAGCCGAGGUUUCUCAUGGCUGGAACAGAGUGCGAUUAUGUUGUGUCUGAAGAGAAUACGGUUGAUGCAUGGAGAGCAUGUUUGGAAGCUUGUCAGAAAGGCGACAAGUUGCCAGAGACAUGUCAUUCGGGUGACCAAUGGCCUUCUGACAUUCCGACAUUUACACGUCGUCAAAUUGCUGGUGUAAAUGUUGUUCUGGGUGAGGCAUUAGAAGACGUUGGAAUAAACGAGUGUGCAAUUGAAUUGAAGCAGCGUGAUGAGAAAUGGGUUUGGCUUAAUUGGGAUCCGUCUACGAGGUUAUGUCGAUUGUUAACGGAAGACGAUGCGAUGUUUGUUUUCACGAACGCGUACGAGAGUUUGCCUGCUGAUUACUGCAACCCGUCAUUUGAGCAGGUCUGUAGUAAUCAGCCGUACAACUGUAAUGCUUGCCAGACCGAGGAGCAGGUGUGUGUCUGGAUUGACAACGACGCCUGGUCUGCCGGACGGACGGGCGGACGCGACGACAUGGCUAAGUUUGAGCAAUGGUGCAACACGGCAAUAAGCACCGGUGUGGAUUGUCAGUGGCUGACGGCGCUGACGUCUGUAGACGACUUGAUUGACUGCGAACCCGCCUGUGCCGCGGGCACUUUAGAUAAGUCGGAUAAGUGCGUGAAGGACGGGCGUUCGAGUCCAGCUGAUGACCCAGCGUUGAAAAAUUGGGUCUUCGGGAACUACGAGAACGGCGCGCAAAACUAUGUCUCCCCCAAAAGCUGUCUACGACAGGCCACCAAGGCCGCCGUGUACGCCCUUGCCCUAACGAGCUCGGGGACAUGUCAAACAUUUUCGGAAGACGCUUUGUUGCCAAUCUUUGCCAUGGACCCGACGGCACAGAAAAAGCCGAGUGGCUGCGAUGUUGACACCUACAACAAGUAUUGUGCCGAUAACCCCGCCGCGUGUGACCUGUGUGGCGACGGAAUACCGCGCUGCAUCUGGGCCGAACCGGCGGCAUUUGGCGGUAUGGCAACCCGCCAGGCAACGGAAGAGCUGCUGGAUAAGUUGUGCACAGCAAGUGCGCCGGCUCAGUGCGAUGUAGUGAGUGUCAAGACGCCUUCCGAAGCGGCCUUAGUGGCCUGCAAGGAGGCCUGUGAAGGCAAAGUGGACCCACCGCCGGACGGCUGCGCUUAUGACGCCAGUCACCUGGGUGGCUACCUCUUCGGGGCCAACGGCAUCACGGACGGAAACGACGGACUCGUAGACUACACCUGGGUUGAGGCGACUGGGAUCUACGACUGCACACUCCAGGCCUACCAGAAUCCGGACGUCGGAUACUUCGCCUGGAUCGCGAGCAAGACCGCUUGCGGAAUGCUCUCGCGAAGUGACACCACACGCUACAUAAACACUCCCGUCUCGCUUCUCGAAGAAGCAGAGUGCGCUGUAUCUAGUGGCGGAAAGGGCUUAGAAUACUGUCGAAAUAACACCUGCAUUUAUUUACUGCGCGCUGAAGACGACAUUCAAGACCUCUUUUCCGGACUUACCACCACUGAUUAUCUAUGCUCAGCCGACCUCUGCGCCUGGGUCAGUGUCUUCAAUCAGGGGUCCGGCGAGGCAUUGGACAACUGCUACAACAGCUGCAAGUCCUCCGAGACAGUGUCGGGCAACUGUAUAUUCGACGGACGGAAACCUCGAGACUUGGCGACCGACCCCAACGGCAGUGACCAACGAUCAGCCAUCACCAACUGGAGCCUCGAUUUCAAAGACGCAUCCACCAUCCAGAUCAGCGACAAUGCCAUACCCGUCUCCAACACGACCAACGUAACUUUGUAUCAGUGCCAGCAAUUCUUCUGGACGGUUGACGACGCCGCCUGGUGGCAAUGGGACUCCACCACGAAGGACUGCCACGUGCUACCGGACCAGUUGUUCCGUUAUUACUUAAGCAACGUUCUCGAUGAAGUUUCGAAAGAAACCUGCGACACCGAAACCGCGCUCAAGUCUUGCGAUUCUGGUCAAUGCGAUAUUUGCAACUCCGGAGCCAAUUACUGCGCCUCGUACAGUCCGGAAAUCAUAUACGGGGGCGGUAAAUCUGAAACGGAACUUUGGACUGCAGUAGACGGCAGCUGUCUUGACUGCAGCUGGAUAGGUCUAAACGGAGACGAGGACCCGGACAAGUUUGAUACAUGCGUCACUCAGUGCCAAAACAACGACCAGCUCUCCGAGGAAUGCAUCAAAAAUGGCCGGGACACAGUCUACAUCCCUUUACUAGUGGGCGGAAAAAAUAGCACACGUGUGCGCGCACUACCAGAUGCUAAAUCUCAUCUGGACUGCGUUGGUUUGUACAAAGAUGGCUCGAUGGCCCUCACCAUGUGGUUUUCGGAUGACCAGAGCUGCAUGGGGGUGACAUCCGAUGAUCUUAAUUACUUCAUUACGACUCCGAUUGCAGAUCUGGCAGCCGAUGAGUGCUCGUAUUCGUCUGAAUGCGCAGUUAGCGCAGUUAGCGCAGUUAAUUCCGUGUUGAAGGACAAGCCGAGCAGUCGUGAUGUAGAGAGCUGUGAGACAGUUUGUGACGACAGGUGUAUAUGGAUAUCAGAUGGCGUGCAGGUGGCGACUGGUGGUUAUGCGAAGGAUGUCCUGUUGAAGGCAAUUGAGGGCCUCUGUCAGCAGAAUCAGUGCGAGUGGACGGGUUACGAACCAAACGAUGAUUGGGACGGUCUGAACGAUUGCCAUACGACGUGUUUGAGUGCGGGCACUGCGGUUGAUAGCCCUUGUCUGAUGGAUGGGCGUCCAACGGUGUAUCGUGAUAUUGUUUUCGGCGGUCCCAAGUCCAGCCGAGUCAAAGAAUUUCCGUUGGACGAUCCCAAGGAGCCUUGGCAGUGCCUUAACCAGACAUACAGCCAAAAUUAUUACUUUACGUGGCAGGACGGGCAUUGUUACGGAUUGCCUUUGGAGGGGUUGAAGUAUUUUGUCCAAACUCCGUUGUCGUUUUUGAAGGAGGGUGAUUGCGACAUAGAGGCUAUGGGGAGUGCCGACGGCCUCGAUGUUUGCGAUGACGGGAUCCCACGCUGCUAUUGGACCGAUGCCAGCGUGGUCUCAGGCGGUAAGUCUGUCUGGGACCUCAUCCCCACUUUUUGCACCGCCGGGGUCGAGAGCCUCUGUUCCUGGACGGGCAUGUCUACUCUCGACUGGACCCAGCUGCAAGAGUGCCACCAACAGUGCCUUGUCGGAGACGGAACGCUCGGAGGCAACACCGACUGCCUCCUCGACGGCCGGGGUCUCCCGGCCGAGACGCCGGCCUACAGCAACUGGGUUUUCGGUGGUCAACCCAGGGCACCAACCUCUCUGACGAAAACCCGCAGCCGGAAAGCCGACCGGACUCCUCACGACCUCAGUACCAACACAGUAGUAAGUUCGCCGUGGGACUGCAUUGCGCAGGGGGCAGCUGCGGACCAGCUCUUCAUGACCGCCACCGAGACUGAGACUGGGGCUCAGACGGACACGAUAGUGUGCUCACUGCGGACAAUUGACCAGUUAUCGGAGUUAAUCCGGAGUCCGUUGCAUCGGCUGGGCGCGAUGUGCGACUUUGAGGCGUACAAUCGGGCCUGUCCCGAUGGGGCCGGGACAGCGGGUUGCGACAUUUGCGGCGAUCAAGUGGCGCGCUGUGUCUGGACCCAGACGGGUGUGUGGAGUUCGAAUUACGACCCAUUGCGAACCUCUAUUCGCGAUCUCUGUGAUCAGGGUCUUGAUCCGACGUAUUGCGACUGGACAUGUCUGGAACGGGUGGCCCCCAAACGUCCGGACGUUGUCUGGACACGUGAAGUGGAGGUGGACGAAGUCCUAAUGACGGAGGAGGACUGGACGGCGUUGGUUGCCUAUCACUCGAGUUGUGUGGCAGGCGCGCUGUUGCCGUCAAAGGAGACCACCGAUUGUGAGUCGUGUCUGGCGGAUGGGCGAGUGCAGCCGAGUGUGGAUAAGCCAGUGUUCCGGCCAGUGAUUUUCGCGGGUCCGGGUUCCACACUGUUGUCGGAGCGACAGGGCGCGGGUUCGAGUCCGUGGACGUGCUUGCUCAGUCUACGGGAGACGGGCGACGUCUUGAUGACUUGGGACGUGGCGGCGAAGAAGUGUUGGUCCAUGUCGCUGGAGUCUCUGCAGCGUCUGCUGUCCACACCGCGACUGGUGCUUCCGACAACCGAAUGCGCCAUGCCCGAAGACGUAACGAGCUUCGAUCUUUGCGACGACGGACACGAUUGGUGUGUGUGGACAAGUGAUCAGGUCUUGACGGGCAGUACGCUCGAUCUCUGGGACCUGCUGGUGCCUAGUUUUUGCCGCCGGGCCGUCGACCCCGUGGCCUGCGACGCCGUUGGGAUGCUCAGCGAAGGCUCAAAAGACGCCCUCGAGGCGUGCCAUGACGACUGUCUCAACGCCGCAGAGACCUGGUCAAGCCCCUUCUGCUACAGCGACGGAAAGACACAACCGGAUCGCGACAACCCCAUCUAUGGCAAUGUUGUCGUCGCAGGACCCAACUCCAAGAAUGUACUUAAACCGACCUUCGCUAUCACCACCCAGUGGGAUUGCGUCGACUGGAUGCUCAAUACAGAUAUGCAGGGGACUCGCUACUUCAUGUGGACCGCCGGUAGCGGCAGCACUGAUGGCCAGUCCGACGGUGGACCCCUGUGCUUCGGCCUGACCAAGGACGUCGUGGCCUACUACCUGAAGACGAGCUUGGCUGCGCUGCAGGAAGACGAAUGUGACUGGGAAGCCUACGACGCCGCCUGUCGUCAAUCCACCACGGACCCGGCGCCCAACUGUGACAUUUGUGAUCUAUGUCACGGGUGCCGUAGACAGAGACACUGGUAA